AUGUCACAGUCAAUAUCGCUGAAGGGUUCAACAAGGACAGUUACGGAAUUUUUCGAAUAUAGUAUCAAUUCCAUUUUGUAUCAAAGAGGCGUAUAUCCAGCAGAGGAUUUUGUAACGGUAAAGAAGUACGAUUUAACACUACUAAAGACACACGAUGAUGAGCUGAAGGAUUACAUUCGGAAAAUUCUCUUGCAAGUCCACAGAUGGCUUCUAGGUGGCAAAUGCAAUCAGUUGGUAUUGUGCGUUGUGGACAAGGAUGAAGGUGAAGUAGUGGAAAGGUGGUCCUUUGACGUGCAACAUUUCCCAAGCAAUGACCAAGUUCAAGAGGAUAACGUGGAUCUGAGUACAACGCAGACACAAAUCAGAGCUUUGAUCAGGCAAAUCACCUCGAGCGUUACCUUUCUACCGGAGCUGACAAAAGAGGGUGGGUACACUUUUACAGUACUAGCGUACACAGAUGCGGAUGCUAAAGUUCCGUUAGAAUGGGCAGACUCCGACAGUAAAGAAAUACCUGAUGGUGAAAUAGUCCAGUUCAAAACCUUUUCCACAAACGAUCAUAAAGUUGGCGCACAGGUAAGCUAUAAGUACUAG